AUGAAUUCGAAACUCUAUCAGCGAAUACAAACUGCUCAAGAGGAAAAACGAUUUUAUGAGGCGCAUCAGCUUUAUAAAACUGUGUAUUACCGAUGUUCGUUGCGAAAAAACUAUGCUGAAUCUCUUGAAUACCUAUUAAAAGGCGCCAAUUUCUUCCUUGAAAAUCAUCAAUGGGAAAGUGGAAGUGAUUUGGCUUGCCUCUACGUUGAUGUUCUCAUUAAGAGCAAUCGAGAGAUUACGGAUGUCAAUUUGCGUGAUUUGUGCAAAUUUGUGUCUGACAUGCCUUCAACUUGUGUGGAUCGAGCCAAGUUUAUUUCCAAGUGCCUCUCACUCCUCUCGAAAAACGAAGGCGUUCUUUGUGCUUUUAAUGAGUUCCUUGGUCGACAGCUCUUUGUAGAAGGUGCCUUGGCUCAGGCUCGAAGUCGUAUCAUGCUAGCUGGGGAUGGUUAUAAGGUGGGAUGUUUUCUUAUUGAGAUGCACCAACGCUACGGUCUUGUCUCUGAAAUAGACCUUUUUGUAGCUCAGGCUGUACUUCAAUUUCUUUGCGUGAAGAAGACUUCAGUGGCUGCCUUAACUUUCCACACAUACACCCGCCACCAUCCCAGAUUGGAAGCCGGACCACCCUUUAUCCACUUUCCUUUGCUUAAUUUCGUGUGGUUGCUAAUGCUAGCUAUUGAGCGAAAACACACUUAUGAUAUCUUCGCAUUUCUAUGCGCUCAAUAUCGUCCGCAACUAAUGCGCGACCCCAGUUACGCCGAAUACAUUGAGAAGAUCAGUCAAGUUUAUUUUGGGGCCCAACGUCAGAGCGAUCCCUUUAACGGGAUUCUAUCAAACCUUGUGCGAAUGCUUGGAGACGACGUCGACCUUUUGGACGGUGCUGGUGCAACUGGUUCCGGGCAGUUCUCCUCCUCAAGCGCUAUGCAUGUCGACGAAGUUGAUUGA